AUGGAUUUACAUACCUCUCCUGUGUCUUUUAUUAUUGCAGCCACAAUUGCUAGUAUCAUAUACCAAUUGGUGAAGCGGAGAUUUGGGCCAAAAACCGAGAAGGUUUUUCCUCCCGGGCCGGCAAGAUUGCCGGUGUUGGGAAACCUACUGCGGUUGGGCCCUCUACCCCACAGAGACAUGGCAUCUUUAUGCGACAAUUAUGGGCCGCUGGUCUACCUACGACUUGGGAGCAUUGAUGCCAUCACCACCAACGACCCUGACAUCAUACGUGAAAUACUUAUUCAACAAGAUGACGUCUUUGCAUCACGGCCGCGAACUUUGGCCGCGGUGCAUUUGGCCUAUGGUUGUGGCGACGUUGCGCUUGCCCCAUUGGGCCCACAAUGGAAGCGAAUGAGGCGAAUAUGCAUGGAACACUUGCUAACAACAAAACGCCUCGAGUCUUUUGCCAAACACCGAGCCGAUGAAGCCCAACACCUCGUACAAGAUGUUUGGGCCACGGCCCAGACGGGGAAGGCAGUGAACUUGAGGGAAGUGUUGGGUGGGUGGUCUAUGAACAAUGUGACUAGGAUGUUGCUUGGUAAACAAUAUUUUGGGGCCGGGUCGGCAGGUCCACAAGAGGCCAUGGAGUUCAUGCACAUAACCCAUGAGUUAUUUUGGCUGUUGGGGUUGAUAUAUUUGGGAGAUUACUUGCCAAUUUGGAGGUGGGUGGAUCCUUACGGUUGUGAGAAGAAAAUGAGGGAAGUGGAGAAAAGGGUAGAUGAUUUUCAUACCAAGAUUCUUGAAGAGCAUAGGAGGGUAAGGGAGGAGAAGAGCAAGCCAACUGGAGGAGAGGAAGAUGGGGCAGAAAUGGACUUUGUUGAUGUUUUGUUGUCUUUGCCAGGUGAGGAUGGGAAAAAGCAUAUGGAGGAUGUGGAAAUCAAAGCUCUAAUACAGGAUAUGAUAGCUGCUGCCACAGACACUUCAGCUGUGACCAACGAAUGGGCGAUGGCCGAGGUGAUCAAGCAUCCACGUGUCCUCCGUAAGAUCCAAGAAGAGCUCGAUUUAGUCGUGGGUCAACAUAGAAUGGUCAACGAAUCAGACCUACCCCAUCUUAACUACCUACGCUGCGUUGUACGCGAAACCUUCCGCAUGCAUCCGGCGGGACCCUUCCUCAUUCCGCACGAGUCAUUACGCGCCACGUGGAUCAACGGUUACUACAUCCCGGCCAAGACACGUGUCUUCAUCAACACCCAUGGGCUGGGCCGAAACACAAAGCUAUGGGACAAUGUCGAGGAGUUUAGGCCCGAGCGGCAUUGGCUCGAUGAUGGGAGCCGAGUCGAGAUUAGCCAUGGAGUCGAUUUCAAAAUUCUUCCUUUUAGUGCAGGAAAGAGAAAGUGUCCCGGCGCGCCGCUUGGGGUGACUCUAGUCUUGAUGGCUUUGGCUCGGCUUUUUCAUUGUUUUAACUGGACACCACCGGAGGGUUUGAGGCCGGAAGAUAUUGAUACCAAAGAGGUUUAUGGAAUGACAAUGCCUAAGGUUCAACCUUUGAUGGCUGUUGCUAGGCCUCGCUUGGCAAACCAUAUGUAUCAUUGA